AUGCCUCCCGCCAAUUCAUCAUCCUUGAAUCCAGACAAGCAUGAUGCCAUACCAUUGGUCAAUAGUGGUAGCCUGGAAGGCUUCAUCAAAUAUAUGCGUAUAUUGGCAUCAAGUUCUGACACUCAGUUUGCCUCUGCCGUGCUUGGUGAGAUCACUCAACAGUGUGAGCAGAUCGACUCUCGAGAUGAAGAAUUGAAGGUGCUUCACAAGGAGAUUCUCAGUAUUGAAGAGACAAAACGAACUACCAUCAACGAUAUGUUCACUACUAACGAGCAAGAAAGAGCAAGACAGAAAGAAUCCGCUACGCAUAUUGAGUCCCUUCAUGCUAUUGUUGGAGAGAGGGAGAGUAAGAUUGCUGAACUAUCGAGGAAUUUGGAGGCUCUGCAGCAGAAAGUGAAAAUUUUGGAAUCGACUUGCUCGCAAGAGGUCGCUAAAGUCUCACAAUCAGCUAAGGACAUCAGCACAUUGCAAGUCAAUUUGAAAGAAAAGGACAAGAUGAUAGACCAAAUGAAGACAGCUGGAUCGAAAUUGAAAUCAUUGUUAUCGUCGGAGCAGAAAAAGACUGAAGACCUGGAAGUUGCCAAUGCCUCCAUGAACACGGACUUGCAAACAGUCAGGGCUCAUGUCCAAAACUUGGAAGACUUACCUGUCCAAUCCUCGGACAUUAAUGACAAUUUUGUGACGAUGAAAUUCACAAGCCUUUGGACCUCUGCUAUAGACAACUUGUCUCCACUGUUAGAGCAAGAUAUUACGGAAGAUGUUUUACAGAAUGAAAAGGAGAAGUCCGUAUGGGAGAAGCUCAAGAAGGCAGAUACAAUUACUCUACCACCAAGCUUUCCUCUGAUUCCGUCGAAUUCCUCAGCCGCCAAAGCGAUACGACUCGCAGUGAUCUUGACUGUUCUGUUCAGAGAGAUCGACCAGCACAUAUUUCGACCCAGCUACUUUCUAUCAGAGGCCAACAAUCUUCGUGGAGCUCUCGCACAUCUUGCAGGCAGUAAUGGUGAGAGAGAAGCGUUUUGCCGUCGCGUACUCCUCUCCAUCGACCCGAAUGCCGAACAAGACGCUCUCAAACAUAAGAUCCGAGCGAUUGUCCAGAAAAUGUCCGUGUAUGCGGGGGGCCUCUUUUCCGAGGCGCAGCACGAUAGUUUUUGCACGAAAAUCAAGACAAUAGCUCAAAAUGCGGCCGAGGUUUGGCUCCCGGUCCAGCGGUCGCGACAGAAGUUUGAGACAGACUACGAACCUUUUGAUCCCGAAGACGAUGAAUGGGAUCGCUUUCCUCCAGCCGGUGAAAAUACAGAACCGGUGACACAGGACCUUCAUGGCCUUUAUGUUCUCAAUGUCUUCCCUUCUCAGGAAUUAUAUGUGGCAGCGCAGCAUGAAGCCGUCCAAACAGUAACCGCUGCCAUCGCCAGAAGGUAUUCCACCCGCACCAGGAGGCAAUCAAUCGCAGGCUCAAAUGGGAAGCCUUUUUUAGACGGAAACACAAGCAAGGUCUGA